CAGCGCCGAGCCGUCCUCCGCGCCCCCGCGCCCUCCUAACCCAGCUCCUGAUGCUGACCCGAAGUUUCAUCGUCUGGGGCCAGUUAGCAAGGAGGUGUCCGCUUCCUUCUGUGGAGGCACCGCUUGGUUGGGAAGGUUUGUAAGAGCCUUCAAGUCAUGAGUAAUCUGACAGUUCCUGAAUUAACUGGGAAGACAAGCACAUCAAGUGCCAGCUGAAGAGUGCAUCUGUACAUGCAAAACCUUCCUAAGAAGACAGGCUCUGUCUACACACGCGGAAUUUUGCACCUGAUGAAAAUUAAGCAUCAGAUGAAACAACUUCAUACUACUGGGGUCUGGAGUCGGUGGAGAGCAGUCCAUCACUAAUGACAAAUUUUCCUUAUGGUGUUCUUGGGCAGAGCAAGUUUGCAGAAGAAAAAAAUUACACAUUCUAAGCCUCAAGAUCAAAGAAGGAGCAGCCUUCGAACUCUGGACUGAAGUUCAGUAGCUUUUACUGUGGUUGCGGCUUGCAUGAGGGGAGAGAUCUGAAAAGGAACCGAUUCUUUUGUGUCUUUAGCUAACUAUUUGAAAAAAAUUUUUAUUUAUUGUCUUUUUAUUUCCUGCAAAUACAAGGUAUUUUAAAAUUCUAAUUGGAACUGCCAACUACAAAAUAAAUAUCAAGGAAAACCCUUCUUGGUCUAAGGUGUGUGAACAGGCUUGAACGAGAACCUGUAGGUAUCUUCAGCAGAGCGUAGAGCCGCUCUAGAGAGAGGUCCAGCUUGGAGGACGCUGAUAACACGCCUGGAGGGAUGGUGUAAAGACUUGGGUGUAAGAGGAAGACUAUUUAAUGGACUUAAUUCUAAGAUUGCUUUCUUUUCCACCAAGCUAGAAGAAUACAUGAUCUUUAGGAGCAAAAAAGCAGAGAAACGCGUUUAAGGAGAAGCAAACACCUGCAGCCUCUUACCAGGCAGAAGCAGGAGUAAGGAGAGCACCAGCUCCAGGUUGAGUGCAGCUCUAAUCUGCGCCCCAGUGAGGGGAGGGGCUUUGCCUCAGUCCCUAUGGCACUGAGGGGUGCUCCAACCAAUGGAGGAGUCCCUUCUAGGGAGCCACGUGUUCCUAGGGACACAGGGCCAGCCUUUGAGACAGGAAACUUCUGGUUGUGAACAGUGGGGAAAAGUGUUUUUCUUGCUAAAAUUUGGGCUGCUGUCUGCACACGAGCUCGAGUCUGAUUUUGCACAUUAGUGUGCCUUUCCCUUAUGCAACCUUUUUCAGCUGUACAGCAGAAGUUCGUCUAGUUCAGAAAAUGUGCUGGAGGGUGGCUUCAGAAAGAAGGUAAUCCUGUAUUUCAUUGUCUGCAUUUGAACUUUUGAGUAGAAAAUUCCAGCUAGAGGGAUUCUUCAACGCCUUAAGUUACUUGAAAUCCAUGUGUCUGCAACCCUUUAUCUCUGGAAUCACAUUACACGAAACUGGAAUCUCAGGUUGAGAAUAACCAAACUGAGUGACGACGAAGAGAACUGAUUCUCCAUCACCACUUGCUAACAGAGCUCUUUCUCCAAAGGAUUGGCAUGCUUUCCCCCUAAAAACUUGAAAAUGAGAACGGACCCCAUGUGCUUUUAGGCAUUAUCUUUCUUAGCAGACUGAUGUUAUCUUUUAUAGAGGGAUUUUUUUCACUAUGCAUUUGGUGGAUCUUUAUAAAAUAUUGACCUAAUUAGACUCUAGAUCAUUCAUAACUAAAGGAGAAAAACAAAAACCAACUGAGUUCAGCCACAAAAAUAAGCCAAUGAAAGAACUUGGUUUGAAAUUUUCAGUUCUUUUUAAGUGAAAUAAUUCAUUGAAAAAAUAUGUAUGCAGCAGUGGAGCAUGGGCCUGUGCUUUGCAGUGACUCCAACAUCCUGUGUCUGUCCUGGAAAGGGCGUGUCCCCAAGAGCGAGAAGGAGAAGCCUGUGUGCAGAAGGCGCUACUAUGAAGAAGGGUGGCUGGCCACGGGCAAUGGGCGUGGUGUGGUGGGGGUGACUUUCACCUCUAGUCACUGUCGCAGAGACCGGAGUACUCCACAGAGGAUCAACUUCAACCUGCGAGGCCACAACAGUGAGGUUGUGCUGGUGAGAUGGAAUGAGCCGUACCAGAAACUGGCCACAUGUGAUGCAGAUGGAGGGAUAUUUGUGUGGAUUCAGUAUGAAGGCAGGUGGUCUGUGGAACUGGUCAAUGACCGUGGGGCUCAGGUGAGUGACUUCACAUGGAGCCACGAUGGGACUCAAGCGCUUAUUUCAUACCGCGAUGGCUUUGUCCUGGUUGGUUCUGUCAGUGGACAAAGACAUUGGUCUUCUGAAAUCAACUUGGAAAGCCAGAUCACGUGUGGCAUAUGGACUCCUGACGACCAGCAGGUGUUGUUUGGCACAGCAGAUGGACAGGUGAUCGUCAUGGACUGCCAUGGCAGAAUGCUGGCCCAUGUCCUCUUGCAUGAAUCCGAUGGCAUCCUCAGCAUGUCCUGGAAUUACCCCAUCUUCCUGGUGGAGGACAGCAGUGAGAGUGACACAGACUCAGAUGACUACUCUCCUCCCCAAGAUGGUCCUGCGGCGUACCCCAUCCCUGUGCAGAACAUCAAGCCCCUGCUCACUGUCAGCUUCACCUCGGGAGACAUCAGCUUAAUGAACAACUACGAUGACUUGUCCCCCACUGUCAUCCGUUCAGGGCUGAAAGAGGUGGUGGCCCAGUGGUGUACACAGGGAGACUUACUGGCAGUUGCUGGGAUGGAGCAGCAGCCCCAGCUCAGCGAGCUGCCCAACGGUCCUCUUCUGAAGUGUGCCGUGGUCAAGUUCUACAAUGUUAGAGGGGAGCACAUCUUCACACUGGACACGCUGGUACAGCGCCCCAUCAUCUCCAUCUGUUGGGGCCAUCGGGACUCCCGGCUGCUUAUGGCCUCAGGACCAGCCCUGUAUGUGGUUCGAGUAGAGCACCGAGUGUCCAGCCUCCAGCUUCUGUGCCAGCAAGCCAUUGCCAGCACCCUUCGAGAAGAUAAGGACGUCAGCAAGCUGACCUUGCCCCCUCGACUCUGUUCCUACUUGUCCACUGCCUUCAUCCCCACCAUCAAGCCCCCGAUUCCAGACCCCAACAACAUGCGAGACUUUGUCAGCUACCCCUCAGCUGGCAAUGAGCGGCUGCACUGCACCAUGAAGCGAACAGAGGAUGACCCAGAGGUCGGGGGGCCCUGCUACACACUCUACCUGGAGUACCUGGGAGGACUCGUGCCCAUCCUCAAGGGGAGGCGCAUCAGCAAGCUGCGGCCAGAGUUUGUCAUCAUGGACCCUCGGACAGACAGCAAGUCAGAUGAGGUCUAUGGGAGCAGCUUGAUUUCUACUGUGGUUGACAGCUGCAACUGCUCAGACUCCAGUGACAUUGAACUGAGUGAUGACUGGGCUGCCAAGAAGUCUCCCAAAAUUUCCAGAGCUAGCAAAUCGCCCAAACUUCCAAGGAUCAGCAUUGAGGCCCGAAAGUCACCCAAGUUGCCCCGGGCUGCUCAAGAGAUUUCUCGUUCUCCCCGGUUGCCCAUGCGCAAGCCCUCCAUGGGCUCGCCCAGCCUGACUCGGAGAGAGUUUCCUUUUGAAGACAUCACGCAGCACAACUAUCUUGCUCAGGUCACAUCCAAUAUCUGGGGAACCAAAUUUAAGAUUGUGGGCUUGGCUGCGUUCCUGCCAACCAACCUCGGUGCAGUCAUCUAUAAAACCAGCCUGCUGCAUCUCCAGCCGCGGCAGAUGACCAUUUAUCUCCCAGAAGUUAGGAAGAUUUCCAUGGACUAUAUUAACCUACCUGUCUUCAACCCAAAUGUUUUCAGUGAAGAUGAAGAUGACUUACCAGUUACCGGAGCAUCGGGUGUCCCUGAAAACAACCCACCUUGUACCGUGAACAUCCCAAUUGCACCAAUCCACAGCUCUGCUCAAGCUCUGUCACCCACACAGAGCAUAGGGUUGGUGCAGUCCCUGCUGGCCAAUCAAAAUGUGCAGCUGGAUGUCUUGACCAAUCAGACAACAGCUGUAGGGGCAGCAGAGCAUGCAAGUGAAGCUGCCACCCAAUACCCAGUUUCCAGUCGGUACUCCAACCCUGGACAGGUGAUUUUUGGAGGUGUAGACAUGGGCCGCAUCAUUCAGAACCCUCCUCAAUUGCCUUUGCCGCCACCGCCACCCCCGCCACCCCCACAGGGGCCUCUGCAGCUGUCUGUGGUGGACCAUGGCGAUCGAGACCAUGAGCACCUGCAGAAGUCGGCCAAGGCCCUGCGGCCCGUGCCUCAGCUGGCAGCCGAGGGGGAUGCGGUGGUUUUCAGUGCCCCCCAGGAGGUCCAGGUGGCAAAGAUGAAUCCCCCACCCCCCUACCCAGGAACUAUCCCUGCUGCUCCCACCACAGCAGCACCCCCACCCCCUCUGCCACCACCGCAGCCCCCAGUGGACGUGUGUCUGAAGAAGGCCGACUUCUCCCUCUGCCCUCCCGCAGCACACUACCAGCCCCCGCUAGGCUAUGAGAGGAUCACCACCUUUGACAGCAGUGGCAAUGUGGAGGAGGUGUGCCGGCCUCGCACGCGGGUGCUCUGUUCCCAGAGCACCUACACUCUUCCUGGCCCGGGCAGCUCUGCCACCCUGAGGCUCACCGCUACUGAGAAGAAGGUCCUCCAGCCCUGCACCAGUGCCACUCUGAACCGCCUGACUGUCCCUCGAUACUCCAUCCCCACAGGGGACCCGCCUCCGUACCCUGAAAUUGUUAGUCAUCUGGCCCAGGGGCGGAGUGCUGCUCAGAGACUGGACAACAGCCUCAUCCAUGCCACCCUGCGAAGGAACAACCGCGAGGUUGCACUGAAGAUGGCUCAGCUGGCGGACAGCUCCCGUGCCCCACUGCAGCCCCUGGCCAAGCCCAAGGGUGGCCCCAGUGGGGCUGUGGCCCAGCUGCCGGCAAGGCCUGCACCUGCCCUGUAUACCUGCAGCCAGUGCAGCGGAGCUGGGUCCAGCCCACAGCCAAGUGCAGCCCUGGCCCAUGCUGUCAGCACCUCCCCGCUGGCCUCCCAGUCCUCCUACAACCUACUGAGCCCUCCUGACGCCUCCCGGGACCGAACUGAUUAUGUCAAUUCAGCCUUCACAGAGGACGAGGCCCUGUCUCAGCACUGUCAGCUGGAGAAGCCUCUGAGGCAUCCCCCACUUCCGGAAGCUACUGUCACAGUGAAGCGGCCUCCCCCUUACCAGUGGGACCCUGUGCUGGGUGAGGACGUUUGGAUCCCUCAGGAAAGGACAGCACAGCCUGCGGUGCCCAACCCCUUAAAACUGUCCCCUCUGAUGCUAGGGCAAGGCCAGCACCUGGAUGUAGCUCGAGUGCCCUUUGUGUCUCCCAAGUCUCCAGUCAGCCCUACUGCCACCUUCCAGACAGGCUAUGGCAUAGGAGUGCCAUUUCCAGGCAGCUAUAACAACCCCUCUCUGCCUGGACUGCAAGCCCCGUGUGCCCCUAAGGAUGUCCUGCCCCCAGCACAGUUUGCACAGCAGGAGCCUGCAGCUGCACUGCAGCCAGCAUACCCACCCCGUCUCUCCUAUUGCACCCUGCCCCCCACGUACCCGGGAAGCAGCACUUGCUCCAGCUUACAGCUGCCACCCAUCGCCUUGCACCCCUGGAGUUCCUACGGCACCUGCCCGACUGUGCAGAACCCCCAGGGCACGCUCCCCUCCAAGUCCCACUUACUGGUGGAGAAGCCUCUCGUGUCCCCGCCACCCGCCGAGCUCCAGAGCCACAUGGGCACAGACGUGAUGGUAGAGACUGCAGACAAUUUCCAAGAAGUCCUCUCUCUGACAGAAAGCCCCGUCCCCCAGAGAACAGAAAAAUUUGGGAAGAAGAACCGGAAGCGCCUGGAUAGCCGAGCAGAGGAAGGCAGCGUUCAGGCCAUCACUGAGGGCAAAGUGAGAAAGGACGCCAGGACUUUGAGUGACUUUAACUCUCUCAUCUCCAGCCCCCGUCUGGGGAGGGAGAAGAAGAAGGUGAAAAGUCAGAAGGAGCAGCUGAAGUCCAAGAAGCUGAACAAGACGAGCGAGUUCCAGGACAGCUCGGAGAGCGAGCCCGAGCUGUUCAUCAGCGGGGACGAGCUGAUGAACCAGGGCCAGGGCAGCAGGAAGGGCUGGAAGAGCAAGCGCAGCCUGCGGACGGCCAGUGAGCUGGACGAGUUCAAGGGCCGCAAGGCCAGUGAGAAGGAGGACGGGCGGCUGGGCAGCCAGGGCUUCGUGUAUGUGAUGGCCAACAAGCAGCCCCUGUGGAACGAAGCCACACAGGUGUACCAGCUGGACUUUGGAGGAAGGGUGACGCAGGAAUCCGCCAAGAACUUCCAGAUCGAGCUGGAGGGGCGGCAGGUGAUGCAGUUUGGACGCAUUGACGGGAACGCGUACAUCCUAGACUUCCAGUACCCCUUCUCAGCUGUGCAGGCUUUCGCUGUGGCCCUGGCCAAUGUGACUCAGCGCCUAAAAUGAAGACAGAUGCAGGAGGAGACGUGCCAGGGCCUUCGGAGGGAGAUGUGCUGCUACUACCCAGGAGGACCAGAGACACCGGCAGUAGAAGAAGCCAGCAGGCCAGAAGGGUGCUGAUCGCUAGGCAUGGUCAAUUGUUGAGUUAUCCUUUGUCGUCCCUCCUUUCUUCUUUUGAUAGAGUGGUAUUUGGAAGCCAAGAAUUUGAGGUAUCUUGUGUUCUUGAAGGCAAUGUAGCUUGGCUAUAGAAUGUUUUACUGAUUUACUUUUCAGUGACUAGGACAAGGGCCUUUGGAAAGAAGACAGAUUGCUUCAAGCCUGCUCUUUUAGAUGUACGGAGUGUGUAUUAGUGCUCAUUCUUCAUCUUUUCUGCCCUCUGUUGCCCUUCUGACAUUAUCCCUAGUGCAAAGUAAUUUUUUUCAACACAACCAAAACUCUGGAAGAUUCAGCUUGUCUUGUGAGGGAGGACAGUGAUUAAUUCGCACGUAUGUGCUGCUCACUAGGAGGUACCUGUAUGAAUGAAGGACAUGCAUGCAAAUGCCCUUUGCUGUGCUCAUGUAAGCCAAGGUCAAUGGUGCUGCCACCAGUGUGAAAGUGACUUGGCAGGCGGUGUGCGAGGGGAGAGAUUGCCGUGGGGACAGCCUCACAUCACUCUGCAGACCCUGGGUGAGCUGGUGGGGUGACUGGUAAAAAGGGCUGCUCUCUCGAGGGUACACGAGUUUUUCGUGUCAGAGUCCCACCUGACUUUGGGAGGUCAGGGCCGCCAGUGGCCAGAUCCAGGCUGGGGCAGAGCUGGGCUUCUGUCACAGUCAUUAGACUGGUCAAUCACCAGAUACCUCCACUGUCUACUCCUUUGGAGCAUUUUACUGGAAACAUCUUUCUCUUUAGGUCUCAUGGCUCUGUGUUUUCUAAAGUGUGAGUGGGACUUGAUUUGAAGUUGCACCCUUCCUUCCCUCGGCCGUAUUAAAGUUGAUUUGAAUGCUUCCCUCAGUUAUAAGUGCAGUAUCUGCGCACUUCCCAGGAUAUUAAAAGACAGGGAUGUGGUCAGAUCUUGGGGAAAGCUCCGCAGUGUUCUUUCUGUAAGGGAGAAAAGAACUGUCUUUGGUGCAUAGACUGUGCUAACGGACGGACCACUGGAGAAGGCGUGUUGCGACGUCAGGCUUAGGGAGUUGGCUCUUUAUACUUCACUCUGAUUGUAGACUCUUUGCCCACUUCCUUCUCCUCGUGGGAACACGCCUUGGGCGAGUAUCCAAGCCUGAUAGUAAGAGCCCGUCUAUGCUGUAGUUCUUACCUGUGAUGCUGUUCAUUACCAGAGCACAAGAACUGCCUGCUGCCUUUGACUCAUAAGUUGGGGUUUUAUUUGAAAACUGACAAGUGGAAGAUGCUAGAGGAAAACUAUUUUGACCUUAAACAUUGUUUUGUGUUUUUGUUUUUGUUUUUCUUGUGUUUGGUUUAAGAAUUAGAAGAGAAACUGAUUUCUUUAUCUAGGCAAAAUUAAGUCACUCAUCAUUCUUUCCAAAUUCCAAAGAAAUGUUGACAAGGACAUCUCCCAGCUGAUACUGGAGUUUUCCACUGUAUAAUUUAAAGUAUGGGAGCUGAUUCUUAGGUGGGUCAGUUGUCCCAGAAAGAGUUGAAUAGUAUGUUGGGAAUUACUGUGCUGGUUUACGUAAAUUUCUGUUGCUUAAUAAGGUGUUUCAGUGCUUAUCAUUAGUUGUGCAAUGUCGUUGUAGUCUUUGAGUUUAUGGAGUAACUUAAAUGCAAUUUCCUUUGUUUUGUUGUCUAAGAUAGUUAUUUAUCUUACUCUUUAUGGUAUUCAAGGGAACUAUUUUGUUGCUAUGUAUUGGUGAUUUAUGCCAAAUUUAUUAUUUAUUUAGAAAAAUAGUACCUUUGUAAUGACUUACUUGGUGGCAAUAUAUUUUGCUGCUAAAAAUAAAGAGAAUAUGACAGAACAGUUUUUUGCUGAGUAAUUUGUGACUUUCUUGAGAAUUGGGAGAAAAUCCUUUAAUCCCUUAAAAAAUACAUUUGUGCUUUAUCUCGGUAUUGAUUAUAUGCAAAAUAGGCUGUUUCUUUGACCUACCAUAACCUGAGAUAGUAUUUCUCCUUAUUUUGAAAAUUUUAGUUAAAAGUAAGAAGCGAGAGAUCCCUGAGAUAAGAGUAGCAAAAAAGAGACCUUAAUAAUCUUCACUCAUUUUUUUUUAGCUCAAACUGGGUUUUUGCAGAACCUGCAGAAGCCAUUCUUUAUAACUGUGCUAAAUAAAAUCAAAUAUGGAGGAAGUCAUUCCUAAAAGAUACUUUCCAUCCAUGGGAAUGCAGGCUUCCUGUCUUUAGUGAGACUUGGCCUGUGAGCUGCCACCCAGUCUGCUCCUCUCCCAGGCUAAGGAGUGAGUCUGGGUGCCACACAUGCCCUAAGCUGCUGGCUGCAGCAGUUGUAACACAGUGUCACUUAAGAUAUUGGCUUCUUUUAAAAAUUGUUUCAUCCAGUCAACAUCAUUUGAUUCGAUUCUCCUCAAGUUUAAACAGAAUUGUAGAUACUUCAUGGCUAUAAUAGCAAUUGUGAAUGUCGCAGUGUCUCAUUAGAUCCCUAAAUUUAAAAAGUCAGCUUCAUAGAGCCUUGCACGAAAACAGUAUAUUAGUAAACAGAAACCAGCCUUAGGUUUUGUUUGACUCUAACCUCAUCACAACAGAGGUCAUGGAUGUUAGUGCAAUUACCCAUUUCAAUCUGUAUCCUGAGAAAAACUGGACCAGUGAGUCUAGAAAUACUCAGAGCUCUAAUGGACAUAGGAAGCAAAAGCUUUUGUGUAUUGGUAAUUUUCACCCAUAGCCCUGCUCCCUUGUGUAAUGCCCAUUCUGUAAUCAAAGGUCAGGGGGUCAGGGUCGAAUUGCUCUGUCACAGGGCUGGAGAGUACUUUGAGCGAGUCCCGGGGGGGUACCUGGCCUACUUUGUCCAUCUCUUAAUGAAAGGGUUGUCUACACAAAUUUGAAAACUCCAUUCUAGCUUCAGUAGCCUAAUUCAGCAACUCAUCUUCCCCUUCAUGAGGGUGACAGUAUGUUUCAAAACAUAGUCUUUUUGUAGGAAAAGAAAAAGGUUUUUUAUCCUGAGGUGGAGCUGUCUACUUGAACAGAAACCAGCACCCCUAAAGUGUGUUUGGAAUCAUCUUUAGUCUACUAAAAUUACAGAAGCUCCAAAUCCAAGUACAGUGUAAGUUCCUGUGAGUGUGCUUUCCCUCAGUGGGCACCCUUAAGUAAAAUAAGGGACUGUGUGUGCCUCAAAUUGAGGGCAGGCCGAGAAAGGAGUGUUCACAGCCUGCCUCCUUUAGAGCAUUCGUGUGCAAGAGAGCUGCAUCUUCUCAUUCAAAAGACUUUCUGACAAAGGGGCCUGUGGGAUGGGAACCUGUGCUGUCCCUGUGUGGGCUGUGGAUGGGUUGACAACAUUAGCGGGGCUCCAGCUGUCAGUUGAUUUCCUGGGACCUUAUGGUAGCAUACAGUUCAGAACUCUGCACCACUGUGUGUGUCUCCUGAUGAACUCUGGAGGCUUGUGGGUUAUACUGUUUCCAUUUUUACCCCCAGCUUUGUGCAGUUUUCUUGUGACUUUAACUGAGUCUGUAUUUUCUGUUUACAAGUUGUUUUAAGGGGAAGGGUCGGGUUUUAAGAUCUUGUUUAUUGUAGAUAAUUUUUUUCUCGUGUUGUAGAAAAGCAUGGGUUAUACAUUUGAGUGAAAAAAGGCCCUGUAUUACUUACCAAAGGUGUGUUGUAUCCAUUUGUUCAUAAAUGCAUUAUUUUAGUACUGUAAAUUUGGGCGGAAUUUCCACGUUCUCUACUCUUGCUACUGCUGGCUUCUACCUUCCCCCUCUCUGACUUUUCAAUGAAUGUGCAUUGUGGGGUGCAUGGGUCACAGACCCAACGAGACCACCAGCAUGUUCUUGUCCACACUUGGGGAACAGCGUGCCCUGUUGUGCACACAUCAGCCCCUCCCUGCCCUGCUGUUGUUUAUUUAUUAUUUUGUUUUUAAUCCAGCAUCUUGCUUUGUUUAACUUUCCAGACAAGAUCUGUUGAGAGUCACCCUUGCUUCUCAGUGAACUCUCCUUUAUUUGCCUAUCUUUGUAUGUACUUUGUAUACGCAAUUGUGCAGGAAGUUUCUAGAAGGGAUUAAUAGUUUGCAUUCAAAAUGGUGUAGUUUGUCCAGAUUACUUUGCCUUUAUUGUUGAGAUGAGAUACUCUCUUUUUUUUCCUUGAUGAUUUGAAAUUGUAAUUUGUCCAGCUGUUGCUUAAUAAAAUUUUGCAGAUCAAAAAAA